AUCUAGGUAUCGCUGGACCCUGAUUUUUUUCUCACCUGCAGCCUGGAGCUUGGACCUUUUUCAAACACGUGACUCAUCCACCUAAUACUCUAUUAACCCAAUCUACUACACCAACCCACUACUACACCACCUACGUACUUGAUACGAUUUUUUUAACUCUAUAAUAUGGCACGUACCAAGCAGACCGCCCGCAAGUCCACUGGAGGUACUCAAGCCAAGAAAAACCUAGCUGCAAAGUCCGCCCGCAAAGCCCCAGCAAAUCCCGCCCCCAAAAAGCGCCGAUGGAAGCCUGGCACUGUCGCACUACGAGAGAUCAAAAGGUGGCAGGGUGGCCAUGACUUGCUGAUACCUGUAACGGGCUGAACGCCCUUUGGAUAGCUCCUCGAUGGAAUCUCGGCCUACUCGCAGAACCCGGGUGCU